CCUCUGUCACGGCCAAGUCAUACCGAAGCAUGAAUCGCCUUUGGACGCUACACUUCCUGCUACUCUUCCUCCUUUUCCUACCCACCGGGGAAUCAGGAUGUCUGGAUCGACCAAUAGGCCUUCAGGAUGCUGGCAUGUUUCCUAAUGUGCGAUUCACAGCGUCGUCAUACUACCAGACUACCUCUGGCUACAAACCCUAUCGCGCACGCCUUACCAGCUCACAAGCCUGGGCACCGACAAGCAACACUGACCCCAAUGAUUAUCUUCAGGUGGAUCUUGGAUCUCUGUAUGUCAUCUGUGGAUUGGGAACAAAAGGAAACAGGAAAACCUCAGAAAAUGAGUGGACGACAGAGUACAAGAUUAACACAUCGUUAGACGGCGCCACGUGGGUUAGCUACAAAGAUAGUGGGGCUGAAAAGUUAUUUGGCGGAAAUUCCGACUCAACUACUCUCGUGACCAACACAUUGGCAAUCUCGACAAACAUGCGGUUUGUGCGUUUUAUACCAACUCGAUAUAAUCGUUUCAAGGCUCUGCGCAUCGAGCUAUUCGGCUUUUGCCAAGAUUGCACGCAGCCUUUAGGAAUGGAAAAUCAAGGAAUACUGAGCACCGCGAUGACGUCAUCUUCUGAGAUUGACGGCUCUCAUAGCGCGUCCGCUGGCCGUCUGUACGGCGGCUCAUCAUGGUGCAGCGCCACGUCGUCUAGCUCGGAGUAUCUGCAGGUGGACCUGGGGCGAGUAGUGAGGGUCACGGGCAUUGCGACACAGGGGUCCCCUGAUGAGGAUAAAUGGGCCUCUCAGUACCGUUUAUCUUACAGUAAUGACUCAAACACUUGGACUACAGUGACAUCAGAUUUCGCUGGCAAUGUCGAUGGGAAUGGAGUUCGUGUCAAUUGGCUGUCUCCCCAAAUAAGGUCACGUUUCAUCAAAGUGCAUGUGCAGUCGUGGAAUACCGCUGUCUGCAUGCGUUUGGAGAUCCAUGGAUGUGAAAGAAAUCCCUUGAGUUGCGAUAUCCCAGUUGGUGUUGCCGACGGAACAAUACCAGAUGCGAAUUUGACCGCGUCAUCGACCAGCAACAGCAGCGCCUUAGUGUCUACAGCUAGACUUAACUAUGCCGCUGGCCCUUCGUGGUGCGCAGGCUCGGAUGAUAUCUCACCGUUCUUCGAGGUAGACCUGGGUACAAUUCACGUGAUUUGUGCUGUGGCUACCCAGGGAAGUGCAGAUAGCGAGGACUGGAUACAAAGUUUCAGGCUUGCGGGUGCGCAGGAUGGCUUAACGUGGAAAAAGUACACGGAGGAUGGGAAGGUCAAGGUAUUUGAUGGUAAUUUUGACAGCAGUACCACAGUCAAGCAGUUCUUGCGUGACGCUCUCGUAGCGCGUCACGUAAGGUUCAUAUUGGAAAAGCGCAAAGGGAGUGCUUGCAUGCGAGUCGAGAUUUACGGCAGGUCGACAAGCGAGUGUGCAAAAGUCGGUGUUGGGAUGCGUUUGGGCGGCAGGCUGCCGGACCAUCGACUUUACGCUACUACAGAGCAUAACGAGUACCUUAAAGCUAACGAAGGUCGCCUUUACGGCCCCUUAGGCUGGGCGACAGAUGGCAACAAUGACUUAAAUGACCAUAUAAGGAUUGAUCUUGGCGGUAUCCAUAUCAUUUGUGCCAUAGCUACACAGGGUUCCCACACGUCUGCGGAAUGGGUGACUAAGUAUAAGGUGACCUACUCUAUUGACGGGCAGACGUGGUCAUUGUACCAGGAGAAUGGUGCUAACAAGACGUUUCUAGCAAACACAGAUCAGGACAGUGUGGUGACGAAUGUCCUUCAAUCUCCCGUUGCCGUGAAAAUGCUUCGCAUCUACCCCGUGGAGUACAGUGGAUACAAGUGCAUGCGCCUUGAGGUCUAUGGCUACAAACAAGAUUUCCACUCUUCUCUGAUGACCGAGCGAUUCCUUGUACGGAAAGAUCCAACCUCAAUACUAUCGUCAUCAGGCUCGACCGACGCAUCCCAUGAUGCCUCAAAAGCACUCCUUUACGGAGCUUCUUCUUGGUGUGUCCCAGACCUGACAAACCAGUUUAUCCAGUUAGACCUGGGCGUCAUGACAACCAUCUCUGGAAUUGCGACUCAAGGGGGUGAUAAUAAGUGGGCCACAUUUUACCACGUGAAGUUAAAGUGUGACAACAGUUCCCGUUCAAUAACAUUAUCGGGUUUCCAAGGCAACAUGGACGCUAAUACUGUUGUGACAAGAUGGCUGUCAUCUCCGGUGGAGGCGAGAUACGUCACCGUGACGCCUACAUCAGCAAGUAGUGGCGGCGGCACUUGUCUGCGACUCGACGUGUUCGGGACAAAAGCGUUGGCCGGUCCUACAUAUAUCGAGUCAGUGAUGGUGUCCAACAACCUUACGGUCCCCUCCCAGAUAUCAGCGGUAGUGACAUGCACGGUCUACGGGCCGCCGAACCUCCAAGUCGAAUGGCACCGCGGCAUAACAAAUUUGACUGAGUCCUCGAACCUGUCAAUUUAUGGCAAUGGCUUUCGGAAAUCCACGAUAACGAUCAACUUUACAAACCCAGCUGACUUUACCAUUGAUGGGUGCGUGCGCAACUAUUCGGGUGAUGGGAAGGCCUUGUGUAGCAAGCAGGUCACGUGUAUGGCUUACGCCCGCAGUGAAGUGGCCAGCGGUCCUACCUAUAAGCAGACACGUGUUUAUAUUGAGUUAGACCCCCCUCAUAAACCACAAAGUUUUAACACGACUGGAAUCACCGAUACGACGGCAGCAUUCAGUUGGGUUCAACCAGUGAGCUCUGGUAAGCUCCCCGUGGAUUACUUCCUCAUAGAAUAUUACGUCACUGCAAAUCCCGCGGGACGCCUGAGUGAGACUGCUGGUAGCGGGUCGCGGAGUAAGGUCAUCGCAGGGCUGCUUGCUAACACCUCGUAUACAGCAGAAAUACGAGCGAUACAUAGAUUUGGACGAGGUUUUCCAUCAACUGUGAACUUUAAAACGGUUCCAACAAUUCCAUGCGAACGCCGAGGACUGGGCAUGGAAAAGAGAACCAUCCCGGACUUGUACAUUACGUCCUCAACACAAAACGACACAAGUACCCCUCCCUCAGAAGGUCGCCUGAACCUCCAAGGGGGGUCCUGGUGCGCAAGCCCUAGUGACGUCACACCUUUCCUUCAAGUGGACCUUGGCACACGUCACGUGAUCUGCGCGGUGACUACUCAAGGAAGCCCAACCGCUGACCAAUGGGCUGUUAGCUACCAAUUGCAGUUUUCUGAUGAUGAAAACUUUUGGUUUUACAUGGAAGCAAACGUCGUCAGGACAUUUUUAGGAAAUGCAGACCGAUCAAGUAAAGUGAAGAACUUGUUGCUUGGCAACCCUGAGGCGACAACUGUGCGCUUCCUCCCCCGUCAGUGGCAUGGUUUAAUAGCUUGUAUGCGUGUUGAGGUUUAUGGCUCUCUUGCAUCCCCAGCCUGUGCAGACGUGCCAGUUGGUCUCGACAGUGAAAGUCUAGUGAUGGAUCAUCGUUUUACAAGCUCCUCUUCUCUGAGGGCAGCCUACAGACCAUGGAAAGCACGGAUGUCUAGUGGGACUGCCUGGGCGCCAAAUGGCAAUUCGAAUGACAACGACUAUUUGCAGGUGGAUCUCGGAAGCGUGUUUACCGUCUGUUAUGUAGAAACUAAGGGAAAUAAAGAUUCUGCGAACGAGUGGACAGAGUCUUACCGUUUGGAUGUGUCCCUUGACAAUCGCGUGUGGAAAUUUGUCAAGACAUUCCAAGGGAACACAGAUCACAAUACCCCUGUCAAGAACAAAUUACCCAUACCCAGUCCUGCGCGGUUCGUGCGGUUCCAGCCUACCAGUUUCAACAUUGACAAAGUACUUCGCGUGGAUCUGUAUGGUGUGAGACACGAGUGUCAGCAGGCUCUUGGGAUAGAGAACAAAGGCAUAAGGGACGAACAAAUGACGACAUCGUCAAAACAAGACGACUCCCAUGGCGCGUCCGCUGGUCGUCUGUACGCCGGCUCAUCUUGGUGUAGCGCCACGUCGUCCAGCUCGGAGUAUCUGCAGGCGGACCUGGGGCGAGUGGCGAAGGUCACAGGCAUAGCGACACAGGGAUCCCCUACCGAGGAUAAGUGGGUGAUGACGUAUGCAUUGUCGCAUAGCAACAACGGGGAAGAUUGGGUGGAAUAUAAGGCUGGCCAGAAGAUUCUAAAGACUUUAGCAGGUAAUUCGGACGGUUCGCGAGUGGCCGUCAACUGGCUCCAGUAUCCCUUCAUGUCACGCCAUGUGCGCGUGACCCCACAGACCUGGAGGAACGCAAUCUGCCUUCGCGUGGAUUUCUACGGCUGUGCUGUUACAUGCGACAAGCACCCAGUAGGCCUUGCCAACCUUGAAGUUCCCGACUCCAAUAUAACAGCUUCCUCAGUACUAAACAUUACCACCCCACCCUCCCAGGGGCGGCUCAACUCUCUAGGUGGGUCCUGGUGCGCAAAUACCACCGACACCGCACCAUACCUCCAAGUGGACCUUGGCACACGUCACGUGAUCUGCGCGGUGUCUACUCAAGGUAGCCCGAGCGCUGACCAAUGGGUGCAGUCGUAUGAGGUUCAUGGAUCGCUUGACGGGGUCACGUGGGUACCAUAUAAGGAGAGAGUUAGAGUUAAGGUUUUUCAAGGAAAUUUCGACAGCCAAUCUGUAGUCAAGCAGGAUUUGUCUGAAGUUCUCGUAGCGAGGUUUGUGCGCAUGCUCCCCGUGACCCAUCAUACCGCUGCGUGCCUGCGAGCAGAGAUAUACGGCGCUGCCGUGGAAGAUUGUAGCAAGGAGCCCGUUGGAGUUCAUUUCGGGGGCGAAGUUCAAGACAGCCACAUGACUGCGACAACCCAAUAUACCGGUAAUUACCAGGCUUGGCGGGGAAGACUCUAUAACCCUUCAUAUGCAUGGGCCGCGAGUACAAACACGGGGGCUGGUGACUACCUUGAAGUCGAUCUAGGCGCUGUCUUCCUCUUGGCCGGUAUAGCGACCCAAGGUCAUCCAUCAGAGAACGAGUUUACGAGGUCAUACAAACUGUUGAUGUCGUUAGGCGGUCAACAGUGGGAAACUUACAAAGAGAACAAUACAGACAAGAUAUUCAAUGGAAAUACAGACAAGACGACAGUUGUCAAGAGAACGUUUUCCAUUGUAACCGCCGCACGCUAUGUUCGGGUGAACCCCAUGACCUUCCAAGGGUACAAACAGAUGCGGGUUGAGCUGUAUGGCUGCAGACAAGGCUGGCGCGUCCCUGUCGGAGUGGAGACUGGGCAGGUGUCUGAUGUGCGCAUGUCAUCGUCUUCUUACUCGAGUCCUGACCACAAUGCCUCCGCCGCGCGUCUGUACGCCUCGACCUGGUGGUGCGCUUCGUCAUCGUUACCCACAAAGUUCUUACAAGUUGACCUUGGAUUACUCGUUGAUGUCACUGGCGUUGCGUUACAGUCCGGUGACACUGCGUCACGUGUCACACAAUUCGACUUGGAGCUUGGAUACACAAAUAGUAUUUGGCGGAUAUUGAAGAGGCUCACGGGGAACUCGGCCGCAAACACAGUGGUGACCACGUGGUUAGAUGAGCCAAUCGGCGCGAGACUGGUCCGCAUCCAGCCCACGGCCCACGUGACUGGCGUAUGCAUGAGGGUCGAGAUAUACGUCAACAAACAAGUGCCUCCUCCACAUAUCAUCAGUUUAUCUAUGGAUGGGAACCUAACCGCCGCAGCAAACGCCACUACGCGACUAUUUUGUAAUUACACCCUGCCCCACGCUUCAGUCCGAUGGAUUCUUAACAACAAGCUUAUCCCGCAACCCGCGGGAUCGCCCGUGACUUACCCUGAUGGGUACUCCGUGAGCAAUGUGACCGUGUGGUUCACUAGCGCGGAUGAGAUUGUUGACAAGUGUGACGAAGGAGUAGGGCCAAGCAGAGAUCGCCGUUGCAGCGCCAAGGUCACGUGCCAAGUGUUUUAUAGGAAUCUGGUGACCAGAGGCGCCGUGGAGCGCAGUGUGCCGGUCUAUAUUCAGCUAAAGGUACCAUCAUCUCCAGAGAAUGUCACCGCAGUCAACGUAUUCGAUAGUUCGGCCACCAUCAAGUGGGUACAGCCUCCAGCAACCAUCGCCGAGGGAGAAGUUAGACAUUUUGUGAUACAAUACAGCGCAGACUCGUCAGCGGUAUUCAAAGAUAUAGCAGGCGCAAAAAACAGAUCACGGAUUCUGAAGGGAUUGCGGGCCAACACCACAUACUUGGUCCAGAUUCGCGCAGUCAGUAUUGUCGGCGAGGGGACCUUGGCAAAUUUUACCUUCAAGACCAAUUCUACCAUUCCUUGCCAUCGUAAAAGUGUCGGUUUAGAAACCAAGGCAAUUCCUGAUUCGUUCAUCACCGCCUCGUCACAAAUGAACUUCACCACCCCACCCUCCAGGGGACGUCUGAACCUCGUCGCGGGAGCCUGGUGCGCGUCCCCCAGUGACGUCAUACCCUACUUGCAAGUGGACCUGGGAUUGCGACACGUAAUCUGCGCGUUAGCUACUCAAGGGAGCCCCUCCGCUGACCACUGGGUUCGAAGUUUUCAGUUGCAUUUUACUUAUGACGCAAUCACCUGGCGACCCUACAUAUCACGUGAUCUUAUUAUUGUUGAGUUUAAAGGUAACACAGAUCGCUUAUCAGAAAAGUACCACAGACUCAAUGACUCGAUCGUCGCUAGAGUGGUGAGGAUCCUGGUAACUAGUUACCAGACUUCCCCCUGCAUGAGGGUCGAAUUGUACGGGAAACCAUCAUUGCCAGGGUGUGCUGACGUGCCAGUUGGUCUCCAGAGCAGAACUCGUAUCCUGGAUCACCGAUUUACUGCCACGUCUCACUAUAGCGAUAGUUAUCUCCCAUAUCUUGGACGGUUAAGAUUUAAAAAAUGCUGGGCACCAAAAACCAACAACGGACCGGACUACCUGCAAGUCGACUUAGGUUCUCUCUAUCGUAUAUGUGGCGUGGCCACUCAGGGCAGUCCAAUUAAUGACGAGUGGACUACCAAAUAUCAGCUGAGCUUCUCACGUGACAACGUAGCCUGGUUUGACUUUUACGAAAACAGCAUCAUCAAGACAUUUGAUGGAAACACGAACCGAAACGAGAUAGUCCGUCAUCAGCUGAGCAGCGCUGUGUACGCGAGAUUUGUCCGCGUCAUCCCAACGGCUUAUAGCGGCCACAAAAUCGUGCGAAUGGAGCUUUACGGUGUCUUGCAAGAAUGUAAUGAACCCCUCGGACUAGAAGACAAAGGUGUCGUUAACGAAAAGAUGACGUCAUCAUCAAAACUAAACAAUUCCUAUAGCGCGUCCGCUGGCCGCCUGUACGGCGGCUCAUCCUGGUGUAGCGCCACAUCGUCCCAGGCGGAGUAUCUGCAGGUUGACCUGGGGCGAGUGACGAGGGUCACUGGCAUAGCGACACAGGGAUCCCCUACUAAGGAUAAAUGGGUCACGUUGUACAGUGUUAAGCACAGCGAUGAUGGACAAUUUUUUACGGAAUACCCUGCGGGAGAAUCCAGUAAGAAGGUUUUUACAGGAAAUAUCGACGGUUCUGGAGUGGUCGUGAACUGGUUGAUGUAUCCCAUGACUGCUCGCUAUUACCGAAUCAAACCAGAAGAGUGGAAUGUCGCCAUCUGUCUCAGAUUUGACCUGUAUGGCUGCCGCGUGAGCUGUGAUCACCUCCCUCUUCGUCCAAGCGCGACAUUGUCUUCGUCGCAAAACACCAGCAUGACCCCACCCUCCCUCGGUAAACUGCACUUCCCCACUGGGUCGUGGUGCGCAGCCCCUAGUGACGUCACGCCAUACCUGCAGGUUGACUUAGGUUCACGUCACGUGAUCUGCGCGGUGGCUACUCAGGGGAGUCCUACCGCAGACCACUGGGUGCAGACUUACAAGAUACAAGCCUCCCUUGAUAGAUCAUCGUGGAGAAACUAUUCUGAGAGUGGAAACGAAAUGCUUUUUGGUAACUCGGAUAGGAGUAGUGUGACCAAACACGUGUUUAUCGAGGCGAUAGAGACAAGAUAUCUGCGGCUCGUGGUGAUGAAGUCGUUAGGGCUGGCUUGUAUGAGAUUGGAGCUCUACGGAAUAGCAAGAGAAGUGUGUGAGGCAGAGGCUGUAGGGGUGCGCGCCGGUGGAGUUAUCAGAAGUGAUCACUUCACUGCAACAUCUGUGUACGAUAACUCGAUAGGCUAUGCUGCUAGUAUGGGUAGGCUUCAUGGCCCUUCGGGAUGGGCGCCGGCAACAGCGACAGACAGCACAGACCACCUCCAGGUCGACUUGGGCUCGGUGUACGCGCUGUGUGGCGUCGCGACACAAGGCGCCAAGGAAGAUAAUGAGUGGGUCACAAGUUACUCGAUCAAGACUUCCAUGGAUGGUCUUAAUUGGCAGCGAUACAGCGAAAAUAAUAUUGGCAAGAAUUUCACAGGAAACAGUGACCAAAACAUGGUUAAAAAGCACAGCUUUGCGCACAUGACCUCGGUACGAUUUAUCCGCUUUUAUCCCGACACUUACCACACAAUGAAGCAGAUGAGAGUUGAAUUAUACGGCGUUCCACAAGGACCAUGGCGCCCACUGGGGAUUGAGAACGGUCGAAUCCCUGAUGAUCAAAUGUUAGCUUCAUUUCAUACGGAUAAUAAACACAACGCCACGCAUGGGCGACUUUAUGCUGAGUCAGCAUGGUGCAACAACGCUUCUGCUAGCUCUAAUCUGGAUAUCGAUCUUAGGCAGACAAGGACUGUUACCGGGGUAGCGACCCAGGGACUGGGGUCAGAACCAAGCUGGUUACCAGCAAAGUACGAGCUCUGGUUUAGCUUCACGGGAGACGAAUAUAAUCCAUACCCGGUAUCUUUUCAAGGAAACACAUUGCCUUUUCGUGUUCGUGUAAACUGGUUUUUGAAGCCGAUAGGCGCCCGCUAUGUUCGUUUCCGGCCAGUUACUACUAACAACAAAGCAUGCGUAAGAAUUGAGGUGUACGGCAGUGAGGAAGUUGCGUCUCCAGAAAUCACAAAUCUAACACUCAGCGGUAACCUAACUACUACCGCGGGCUCAAGAGCUGUUGCCACGUGUACGGCGCGUGGGGAACCAUUGAUUGCGAUCCAAUGGUUCAUACUUGAUAAAGUAUUCGAAGGGAAUGACAGCAACACCAAGGGGACCAUAACGUCAUCGCGAAUGAUUCGCUACACCAGCGCUGAACAAGUGUAUAAAAGCUACGAAUGCGCAAACACGGGGAUGAGAUCGCGACGCAUGCGCUGUCAUGCCUUGGUCACGUGCAAUGCGUAUUAUAAGAUUCCCAUAAGCGCUGGUGCAGAUCGAAGAAAUACCGUUGUUUUUAUUGAUUUAAGUCUCCCGUCAGUACCUACCGAACUUAACGUGACGUACACGCGCUCCACGUCCUUAAACAUGACCUGGGCCGCGCCUGAGCCUGGUGACGGGUCUAUCCGUAAUUACACCGUGCGCUAUAGCGUGGCGGGUAAUACUAGUCACGUGACUGUGGCGCACAUACCGAGAGCCUCGAAACAGACCGCGCAGUUGACACGACUUAAAGUGUUUGCUCGUUACACAAUCAGCGUACAAGCCUUAAGUUCUAUUGGACCGGGAUGGUGGAGUAACGAGCUGAAUAUUCGCACAUAUCUGCCAGCGAGUGUCUCUGUCCUAAAGCAGCGCUACAUUCUUCGGCUCGGACUCACCGGAGUCAGAUUACGGUGCUAUGGCCAGGGGUUCCCUGUGCCUAAGAUGAGCUGGUCAAAGGACGGUUCCGCUGUUGCCCCUGACAGAUAUCAGAAUACCGAAGUUUCGGAGACCAAUAUCAGCAGUGUGUUUGAAUUCUCAUCUGGCACUACAUACGCGGACGCUGGUAACUACACUUGUCACGCAGUGAACAAUGCCGAUGAUAAAGGGACAGUCAGCGCGGUCAUACAAGUGCUGUUCGAACCAGAGUUUACCCGUCAUCCAAGAAGCCAAACAAUCAAACAGGGAAAUCAUGUGACGUUUGGCUGCGCUGCAUCCGGGAGACCGCAGCCUCGAAUUACGUGGUUAUACAAUGGCGGCGAUGCUCUACCACAGGGCUCCCACCAGCUGUCUAAUGGCAGUCUGAAUGUCGCUGCUGUGUAUAAUAACGUGUCGUAUGAAGGACUGUACACGUGUUUGGCGAGCAGUGAGGCAGGCAUGGCGCAGGCAAACGCUUCUCUCAUAGUAGAUGUUCCUCCUUCCGUUCUCUCCUUACGCGGGGAUUCGACCGUCAUCCUCGAGCAAACGAUAAACUUGACGUGUGUGGUCAGAGGUGACCCCAUUCCAGCAGUCUAUUGGAAGAAAGACGGGCAAAUAAUCACAACAGCCACUCUGUCCGGGAAUAAUCGGACGCUAAUAACACAGGCAUCCCGAGUUGCCUAUGAAGGCCGUUACGCGUGUUUCGCGACGAAUAGAGCUGGGAAUGACUCCAAGUCCAUUCUGAUAACAGUCACAGUUCCUCCUAAAGUGUAUGUCGCGGAAACCGUUGCGAUAUUUUCUCGUGGUGACGUUAACAGAACCCUCCACUGCCAUGGCAACGGCAAGCCUCCACCUCGCGUGACAUGGUCCAAAGUGGGCGGGGCUUCUAUUCCGUUCGUGCAGAGCUUGUCAGUGAACGAUAAUUUUAGAGUAGUCCAGAUACAGGACAACAGAACGACGUCAGUGUUACAGAACGUGACGGGAAUCCUGUAUCUACGUACGGCCGGUAUUACGUAUAAAGAGGCUGGGAACUACACGUGCGUAGCCGAAAAUGGGAUAGGGAUCGGAUCUGUUUCAAGCACAAUUGAAGUAAUAUUUAAGCCUGAGUGCGCCGUGGAACCAAUAAGCGGAGACACCGUCGUAGGGAAGAACUUCACCUUUACCUGCCGUGUAGAAGGCAUCCCCAAGCCUGACAUCAAGUGGAAAUAUAACGGGGGGCCUCUCAACUUGGCGCAUUCUACCAUCAACAACACCCUCGUGGUAUUUAAUGUGCAGAAUACGGAUCGAUACGAAGGAAGUUACGAAUGCGAAGCUUCAAGUCGUGCCGGGAAUGCAUCGAGUUCUGCUUCGCUUACUGUUUAUGAUCCACCAAAGAUCGCCAACGUUUUAGGGGACACCACGUUACAAGUCAGGGGUACCCUCAAUCUGACAUGCGUUGCGCUUGGCGACCCAGCACCUCGCGUGUAUUGGGUAAGAGAGGGAGCUGGGUCUAGCCGUUUUAAACUGACCAAUGACAACAAGACCCUUGUCAUUUUUCAAACGGAAUAUCGCGACAGUGGGAAUUACACGUGCAUCGCCAGCAACAGAGCUGGGAACACUUCGUUGGCAAAACAAGUCGAUAUACAGGUCCCAGCUUCCGUAUUUGUCGAUAACAAGACACGCGUGUAUUCAAGGAAUGAAACUAAUGUCACAAUUGGCUGCCAUGGCAACGGUAAUCCAGUCCCCUCACUAUUCUGGUGGGUCAAAGGCAACAAGAUUCCUGAGAUAGAAGCGCUUAAGCCUGCUGAUAAGAGUAACGUCGUUCAAGUGACAUCCGUAGCUGGUCCAAUGGAGAAUGUGACGAGCUACCUGUAUCUUCGAAUAGCCGGGAUUACUUACGAGGAGGCUGGAAACUAUACUUGUAACAGCACCAAUAUUGUGUUGGGUGUCACCCGAAGUGUGUCACGGACUGUGGAAGUCCUAUUCAAACCCGAACUCGAGCUCCUCCCCAAAAGUCAGACUGUGCUUGUCAAUCGAACUGUCGUAUUUACUUGCUCAGCAUCCGGGAUCCCUACACCCCAACUCACGUGGUCUUUCAGCGGAGGAAAUUUACCCAAUUACGACAUAGAUGGGAAUAAACUGUCGAUCGUCAACGUGCAGAAUAACGCGUCAUAUGAGGGGAACUAUACUUGUACCGCCGAUAGUCGAGCGGGACGGACCAGCUUCACAGCGAUGCUAACUGUACACGCUUUGCCAAAAAUAACGAAACUUCUCAACAAGACGCUAGUAGCCGAGAGAGGAUCUAAUGUCCAGUUGAGCUGCCAAGCCUCUGGAGAUCCCACACCUAAGUACAAGUGGACAUAUAAUGGAGUUCCGAUUUCACCACGGAAAAACGUGCAACUCGAAGACGACAACCGACUUCUGAUUUUGAAAAAGGUUUCUCCUGUAAGCAAUGGAGUAUAUAGAUGCAUAGCUUACAACACCGAGGGGAACGAUACUACUGAGACAAACCUUAUAGUCCACGUUAGUGUCGGGAUUGUGGUGCCCCUUCCAGAAAAAGUGAUAUUCAUGGAAGGACAACCUCUUAACUUGACCUGCGCCGCGGAAGGGAUCCCGUUACCCAAUGUCACGUGGUACCACUAUCACAAGAGAAUAACCCAGACAGAUGGUAGUCGAUACAGCAUUACAAACAACGUGUCAGGUGUACGGCUUGAGUCCACUCUGCGGCUAAACAACACUCGAUUUGGAGAUCGGGGAAAUUAUAGUUGCGUGUUUAAAAAUCAUGGAGUUAAUAAAAGCUCCGGCCAAGUUACUGUGCACGUUACUCCAAAUGUGCAAAACAUUACGGCGCCUGUUAGUCCCAGACUUGGUGACAACAUAACUUUAGUCUGUGUCGUACGCGGCUUUCCUGAUCUCUCGGUGAAUUGGACUAAGGAUGGUCGUAAGCUGGUCACACGGCCUGAUAGGAAGGAGCUUUCGAUCACGCCCCGAGAAAAUGCAGUAAAAUUUGCGUAUCUAAAGAUCUGGAAAGCAAAACGAAGUGAUACGGGCGGGUAUCAGUGUGUUGCCUACAUCAAGCAAAGCAAAGACGAACGCAGCACGUCAGUUACUGUUUUAGAAAGGCCGGAUCGUCCUGAAGUAAAGCUCACGAACGUGACAUCUAGGUCGGCUUUAUUUCAAUGGUAUGACGUCUUCAGUGGGAACCUCAAUGUCACGCUCUACACCGUAUUUUACACGAGUAUCGAAGGAAAUCUAACAGUCAACAUCACGGACGACCGCCAUCAGUACAGGUUCAUAAAUCUGUUCCCGGCCACGUUGUAUACGUUCUACGCGACUGCGACAAACUGCAUUGGAACAAGUGAGCCUGCGGUGACCAAACGCGUGACGGAAGAAGACGUACCCAUGCCUCCUCGCAACGUUAACGCAAGCGCGGUGUCUUCUACUAGCAUACGCGUCACAUGGUCUGUACCUCAACGAACCAAUGGCAAGCUCACCUGGUAUAAGGUCUAUUAUUGGCCCACCAACACGAGCGACAGUGAACAAGUCAUGGAAACCUCUGGGGACAACACCAAUGCUGUGAUACGUUAUCUUCACCCAUAUACUAACUACAGCAUGCAAGUACAAGCUGCCACGGCCAAGGGGCCUGGGGACAGAAGUGAGGUGGUCGGGCCUGUCAGGACUUUUGAAGAUGCUCCAUCAGCGCCGCGAAAUGUCUCGAUUUGUAACAUCACUGCGCAUGCGUUCACGGUCACGUGGCUUGAUCCCGCCAUCAGUAAUGGUAUUCUGAACAACUUUCUCGUGGGAGUGCAACUUGCGGAGAAUGGAGACAAAAUAAGGAACACGACCCUGCCCAUCGGCCAGAUCAAGCGACGAGAUGGCUAUAGCUACAGGGUGGAGGGUCUGCUGGCUUACACUAACUACUCCGUCCAGAUAAUCGCUGUCACCUCAGAACCCGGAAAUGCAAGUACCCCGGUCAGCGGUAGGACGCUUCAGGAUGCUCCCGGACGUCCCUACCAUGUGAGAAUUGUCGUUAUUGGUGACGGUGACAAGUACGCAAUAUCCUGGAAAGCCCCUCUACUACCGAAUGGCAUCAUUACCAAUUACCAGGUGAAGUUAUCGCUGACAGUCUCGAUUGAGGGAGGGUCCGACAAGCAAAUAGAAACUGAGGAUCUGUCUGUCACAGUGCACUUGGCCGAUUUACUGGGCAGUAAGACCUAUCAAGUGCAGAUCCGAGCACGUACCAUAGCCUACGGGAAGUGGAGCAUUGAUGACGUCACUAUUGAAACCCCAGCAAAGGUGCCACCUACUCCUAUUUGGCCAACAUUUGCGCCAGAACCGGACUCAACAACCGUAACCAUUAAAAUCCCCAAGUUCUCCACCAUCAAUGGACCCAUCAAGUAUUAUCAAGUCGUCAUUGUAGUCAUACCUUCUGGUGCAGAAGAGCCUUCCAAUAGAACCUUCAAACCAGCUGACCUCGUCACUUACUGCCAAGCACAUGCGUCGAAACACCGCGCAACCUACCUUGCCUUCCAGUUCAAAGGGACUGAGUACAACAAGUAUGAGACCUUUACUGUGGGAGAAGGGGAGAGAAUAGCUUGUGCUAGAAAGAGACGAGAUCUGGAGUCGAACAAGUACUAUAACAGCCCUUUGCAACCAAACAGAGAGUAUAAUGCGCUUAUUAGGGCGUUCACCGACGAGGACAAAUACUCUCAAGUUGCGUUACCAAAAUCGUUCAAAACAAGCAAGGAAAUAUUGCCAGCGACUUCCUCUCCCGUCGGUGCUAUCGCGGGUGCCGUAAUCGCGGUGCUUAUACUGGUGGCUGUGGCUGGCGGUGUCGUCUACUGGAGACGGAGACAAAAGGAUGCAGGGAGGAACCCAGGCGACGGUCAAGAGCUGCAACAAAUAGAACCGCCAAGCGAGGACGAAGCGGUGUAUGAUAACGUGAUAGAGAUGGAAGAUGAGACUCGCCAGCCAAUCCCGGUAGCGGAGCUCAAGCAGCACUAUCUGCGCAUGCACGCAAACUCGGACCUGCUGUUUGAGAAGGAGUAUAAGGAUAUUAAAGAACCCGUUAACGUGACCACCAGACAUUGUGAUAAUCUGAUCAACAAACCAAAAAACAGAUACGGGAACAUCAAAGCUUAUGACCACUCUCGCGUCAUCUUGUCGUCUGUGCAAGGCGACUCCGAAUCCACGGAUUAUAUCAACGCCAACUGGAUCGAUGGCUUCAAACAAGAAAAGAAGUAUAUCGCCACAAUUGGUCCCAAGGCGGAGACGACGAGCGACUUCUGGAGGAUGAUGUGGGAACACAAGUCGUCCAUCGUUGUUAUGUUGACCAAGCUAGUUGAAAAGGGAAAGGUCAAGUGUCACAAAUACUGGCCAGAAGAGAAUGAACAGUACGGCAAGAUUAUCGUCACUCUGGAGGAGAAGGAGGAAUUGGCAGACUUCGAGAUCAGGAAGUUCUCUUUACGCAAGCUUUCUAACCAGAUGGAAACCCGGAUGGUCAAGCAUUUCUACUUUACUUCCUGGCCCGACCACGACGUGCCAGAGUACGCGACUGGUUUGUUAGAAUUCUGGAAAAGAGUAAGAAACAGCUGGGAAGGUCCUCAGUCUGGACCAAUCACCGUGCACUGCAGUGCGGGAGUUGGUCGUACGGGCACGUUUAUUGUCAUUGACGCGAUGAUGGAACAAAUCAAAGAGGAGAACCUUCUCGAUGUGUAUUCUUACGUCUCGAGGAUACGAGCCCAGCGCAACUUCAUGGUGCAAAGGCCUUCGCAAUACUCGUUCAUCCAUUACGCUUUGCUGGAGGCGGUCACGUUUGGCGAUACCGAGAUUGAGGUACAAAACCUGCGCAUGCGCCUAAUGCAACUGGCCGAGAAAGUCGCUGGCACCGGAAUGACAGGACUAGAGAGAGAAUUCCAGCUUCUAAAUGGGGCCGUUCCGGACGAACUAAGCGACUUCUACACAGCAACGCAACCGAAGAACAGCAAAAAGAAUCGUUAUCCCAACAUUUUACCAUGCGAGCGCUGUCGUGUGGUUCUGCCCGCUAUCCCAGACAAGGAGGAUACUACUUACAUCAAUGCCAGUUACUUGGAGGGAUACCAGGAGAAGGUAGCGUUUAUUGCGACUCAGGCCCCUCUUGAUAACACGAUUGAAGAUUUCUGGCGAAUGGUGUGGCACGAGGAGGUGUUCUGCAUCGUCAUGCUUUGCGGGCUGAACGAGCCCUUAGAGCCUCCAAUAGUAAAGUACUGGCCAAAGAAAGACUCCAUAAGUUAUGGUCGGUUCGUAAUCGAGAAGAGAGGCCAGCGUAAACAAGGACCUACCGUCCUGCGAGAAUUAAGUCUUACCAAUACUGAGACGGGUGAGGUUCGCCAGAUAUCUCACUUCAUGUACCUGGAGUGGACCGAACACGCGGUGCCCACCAAGCUCUUAACAAUCAUAGAUCUCAUUGGCGACUUACAGAAAGCGCGGCGGAAACACCUCGACAGGCCUGUGGUAGUGCAUUGCAGUGACGGUGUCGGCAGGACUGGGGCAUUUUGUACGUUGUUUGCGACCUUAGAGCGUGUAAAACUAGAAGGAGUUCUCGAUGUCUUUAUCACGGCAAGAAUGUUGCGAACGCAGCGCCCAGGAAUGGUAUCACAUCUGGACCAAUACCGGCUCUGCUACGAGGCCAUCCUCGCCUACCUCGACUCAUUUGAGGAAUCGCAGUACCAGAACUUCAUGUGAUUGAACAAGAAAGAGACGUUGCUUUGGAGAGUACAAUGUGCAGACAUCGUGCAAAAUAGUGUGGGCUGGAUUGACACGUUACUUCCAGAUGUGAUCUAAUCACAACUUCUUCCAACGUCUACAACCAGUAUCAUCGACUCUCCGUUGUGGUCUGGUAACAGGGAUUCGUUCACUGAUAUUUGUCGCGAUGAAAAUGAUUCCAAGAGAUCGAGAUACUAAUAUAUUAGUUAUACAAUGAGUACAGUUAGAAUGGUUUUGUCUGUUGAGAAUAACAGGCAUUUGAAAACCAGUGAGAAUUUAAGAGAUCUGGUUAUAAAAAGAGGCUAUUGGAUUGUUUGACUAGACUAGGCAGAUACCUUGAUUUUUCUUGUCUAUAAUACUGCUAUCAAACCUAUUCUCCAACUUGUUUGGCAAACCAUUAAACAAUUUUUAUUUAAAUAAAAAUAAUAAAGAAAAGACAUCUUUAUUUUGUAAAAGUCUGGAUUCAUACAAAUAAAAUUCACAUUUCCAAACAAUCAA